ACACACUCACGGAGCGCCUCCGCUCUGCGCGGCUCCGACUCUUCGGCGUCCGGAACAGUAUGGAAACAGCCGCAGGACCGUGAGAACGGCCAAGAGCUCAGUCAGGCGUGGAUACAGAGUGACUGAUUUUUUCCUUGGAGACUAAUGUUGAAGCUCUCCAAGACAGGAAAAUGCAGCAAAAUUACGGAAUUCAGAUCAGGUUCAUUCAAGAUGCACAAGAAGAAGACACACCUAAGCCACGGAAAUCUCUCUCUGCCAGCAAAUCGGGGUCUUACGGGGUUAGUAUUAGGGUCCAGGGAAUCGAUGGGCAGCCUUACGUAGUGCUGAACAGCAACAAGGAGGGGCAACUGCAGGUGUAUGAGCCCCCAACUGGAAACGGCAGCGUUGAUCGAACUUUAGUUCAAGAUAGUUUCAAGGCGUAUCCUGGUCCCUUCGGCGACUAUGCAAGAGAACUGAGAACCGAGAAACUGUCUAAGGGUGGUGAUUUUCCCGCUCACGAAAUUCAGUGCCCCAGUCGUCAUCGACCGUCUCUUCCGCCAAAGCUGCCUGCGCCACCUCCAGAGGACCCCAGAGAGGAGAUCAACAAGGAGCGGAUAAGAACCUCUAACUUACUGAAUUUUCAGAAGCAUCCUGAAAUUCUAAAGCCUUAUGACCCAGAGAAGAGCCUGUUUAAGCCCAAUGGUCAGCCAAGUGGGACUGGUAUUGGUAGCAAGAUAGCGACUUCUAUCCCUCCUUUUGCACAGAGGAAAGAAAGCAAGCCUUUUCACUCUUUAGCCAGGUCUGAAUCCUCAACCAGGUCAGAUAUCGAUGCAGCCAGCUCAGCAAGACCCAGUGACGAUAAGAGCAAUGUUGGUAAGUUUGCAAUGCUCGGCAAUCUCGCCAAGAAAGUUCCCGCUCCUCCCGGCAGCAAAGCCGACGUGUUCGAUCCCAGUAGAAGAUGCCAAAGCAACACCGGUACAGACACGGAAGACUCCAGGAGAACACGACCAGAUUUGCUCCCGUUACGCCGGCAAGACUCGGCAGGAAGAGCUCUCGAGAUCUCCCGGUCACGCCGAUCGUCAUCCUCCACCCCGACGUCUGUCUGCUCGGAGAAGCUCCUGUACAAACAGCGAUCGGAGGAUGCCGACGAGGAGCUCUACGCCGAGAACGUAAACCGUCACGAAAACCGAAGGUACAUCCCGUUCAAAGCGGGCACCGGCCGCGAUAUUGACACGGGCUCCAUUCCCGCGGUGGACGAGUUGAUCGGGAAAUUCGAUGAAAAAGACGGGCAGCAGCAGCGGCGAGGGCGGUCGGUGGGCAGGAGGAACCGCAUCAAACCGGAAGAUCGGAAGCGUUCCCGCAGCGUAGACAGCGCUCUUCCCUUCCCGCUGCGGUGCAAUUCAGCUUACCUGGACGAGCACAGCAAAAGUCGCGGGAAGUCAACCGAGCGCUUGCUCAGACCAUCCCAGUUACUCCGUCAAAAUGCAACAUCUCAAGAUCCCUCGUCACCUUCUCCUAGUGAGGAGCAGCCUGUAAGUUCUAUCGGUGGUAGCCUUGAUUGGCCUGAUACAGGCCCUGGAGAAAAACAGUCCAACCACAGUUACGGUUGUAUGAAGAAUCUAUCUCAGGCUGAAAUGACUGGAGCAGCUAACGUGCAAAACACUGUGAAAUCAUCGACCCUGCCUGUGGGCACCAUCAGCAAGCCUGAUCCUGAAAAGAAGGAAGUGGCUUCUAUCACACAGAUAAAGACCAGUACAGCGACACUCUCCUUCUCUGGGAGCAGUCGGAAUUCUGGUACUCACCAAAGUCCAGCAAGUACAAACCAAACCGCCUGUGAUCGUGACGUGCAGGUAACUCCCGACCUUUUGAAAGACCAGCAAACAAAUGAAGAGACCGCAAAGCAAAUCCUUUACAACUAUCUUAAAGAAGGGAGCAAUGAUGAUGAUGCCACAAAGAAGAAAGUCAAUCUGGUGUUUGAAAAAAUCCAGACAUUAAAAUCACGGAGUGCAGUUGCUGGUGGAGAGCCAAAGGACAAAAAAGUUGACGAGUCUUCUACUGAAUUCAAAGCGCUGCUAGAGCAGAAGAAUGAGCUUGAAAAGAAAGUAGUUGAAGUGGAAAAGAAAGUAAACGAACUGAAAAAAGCCCUGGAGAAAGAAAUUCUGAAUCAGCAGAGCACUAAAGAGCAGAAAGAUAGGACAAAGGCCAAUCUUAAAAACCUGGAGCAGGAGAUGGAGGAAAGUUUAGAAGAAAACAAUCGCUUGAGAGAACUGCUAGCAAAAACUGAUAAAGAACUUCGAAGUCAGCUGGAGGAGUUGAUGCAAGUUAAGAUGGAGAAAGAGCAGUACCAGAGCGAAAUCAGAGACAUGCAAGAUCAACUCUCUGAGAUGCAUGAUGAGCUGGAUCAUGCGAAGAUUACUGUUGCCAGCGAAGAGGAAAAGGAAAUAUUGAUCAUGGAUUUGAUUCAGGCAAAGCAGGAGUUGAAGGAUGUGCUGGCCGCCAAAGAAGAUCAGGAAGAGGCGCUGAAACGGAGAGAACGUGAGCUCACAGCACUCCGAGGAGUCCUCAAGGAGGAGGUGUCGAACCACGACCAGGAGAUUGAAAAUCUUAAAGAUAAAUACGAGAAGGAGAUGCAGAAACAGAAGAAGCGCCUUGAAGAUGAAGUACAGAACCAAAGUGCACUAAAGCAGGGAAAAGAUGCAGCCGAGCAAGCAAAGAGCACUGCUGAGGGUCACGCAAAGCACCUCGCGGACGAAAAUGAGACCUUGAAGAGAAAAGUCGCUCAACUGCAGGCAGAAAUUGCCAAACUCAAUCAAAUCAUUUCUGACAUGAGGAAAGAAGAGAGCAAGCUGAAGGAUAAAGUUACACGUCUGGAGACUGAGAAGAAGCAGUUGGAAGCUGCCUUGAGAGAAAUUGGAGACCAAAAGGAAGAUAUGUCAAUGGCCAAGCGAGUGCUGGAGAAUCGUUUGGAAGAUGUCCAGAGAAGCCUGAACAAGCGAUCGCAGGAAUAUCAUGACUUAAUUGAAAGAAUGAAGGCAGAGGCGGGUCAGAAGGAUCUCUUAAAGAAAACGAAGAAUGAGAUGGAAGACGAGAGAAGACAAUUGGAAAAGACAAUCGAGAAGCUUCAGAAAGAGGGCUCUGAGAUGACCAGAGAUUUUCAGAGGUCGACCCUUGAACUGCAAAAAGAGCUCGACGACUGGAAGGAAAGGAAUCGCAGGGAAGUGGUUGAUCUGCAGCGGCAAAUGAAAGAUAAGACCCUGGAGGCAGAGAAAUCUCGACAGGCAACCAAGAAACUGCAGGAUGAGAUGCACCAGUUGGAGAAUGAGUUGAUGGACGUUCGCUGUGAGCGAGAUGAAGUAGUUGAGAAGAGCUUAAACUUGCAACAGACAGUGAAUGAACUAGAGCUUGACCUUGAAAGUAAAAAGCUUUUCAAAGAAGAUCGAUCACGGCAGGUCAAACAGAUGGAGGAUAAAUUGGCGGAGAUGGAGAUGGAGCUCGAUGAGGAGAGAAGCAACUCAGACCUUCUCAUUGACCGCAUCAGUAAAGGCAGAGAACAGAUUGAGCAGAUGCGAAAUGAACUUCUCCAGGAAAGAGCUGCGAGACAAGAUCUGGAGUGUGACAAGAUUUCAUUAGAGAGACAGAACAAGGACAUAAAGAGUAGGAUUUUCUAUCUGGAAGGAUCUCAGAAACAGAGCAAGGAGGGAAUUGUAACUCAGCUGGAGGGUAGAAUCCAGGAGCUGGAAGAACGUCUUGAAGAUGAAGACAGGGAAAGGGCAAGUCUACAAUUGGCCAAUCGCAAGCUUGAAAGAAAGGUCAAGGACCUAAUGAUGCAAAUAGAUGACGAACAUCUUCAUCUGACGGACCAAAAAGAUCAGUUGAGUCUGCGAUUGAAGGCGCUGAAAAGGCAAGUGGAUGAAGCAGAGGAAGAAAUAGACCGCAUGGAAAACACAAAGAAAAAGCUGCAGAGAGAGCUAGAGGAACAAAGAGAAGCCAACGAAGAACUUCAAGGACAAAUGAAUACUUUAAAGAAAGAGCUCAGACGUAAGAAUUUACCAGCAAAGGCUCAAACCUCCCUUCUAAACGAUUUGGAAAAUGACUACAGUACCGAUGAAGAGAGUAUGUUUGACAGUGGGUUGAAUCAGUCAAAGGAAAGCCACCUGUAGGCUGAAACAGCUAACGGUUCUAAGAUAAAGGGAAGAAGCAAUGUGAUGGGAGGGGUGGGGGGCGGAAACAACUAGGUGCUUUCUGAAAGAAGUCACCAUUGUGUCUUUUAAUGUUUUAAUACCUUAAUGCUGUUUCACUGCUGCCCAGAGGAUAUCAUUCCGGGCUUUAUGUAUUUGGAAUCCUCAAGAUAAUUAAACAAAGGUGAUGCUUUACUACUCACUCGAUUGAAGGGGGUUCCUAAGUACUUUUGCUUUUCAAAAACUAAACACGGCGAAUAACAAAGCAGCUGGAAGUUAACCAUGUAAAGGUUGUAAAUAAAUUUAAACGACAAAGACUGUUUAUUAUUUAAACUGCCAACAAUAAAUUGGCCCAGUGAGUUCAAUGUCCUUUUUAUAUACCCGCAUCCUUUUAAUACAAACAAUCUGGUAUGGUUGAGAUGUUUAACAGAAAUGAUUUUUCUUACACUUUUUAUGCAAGUAAAAUUUUGAUACUUUUUACAAAUCAGAACAUAGUUAUGAACAUUUGGGCAGUUAACUUUCCUUAAAACAUAUCUAUAUUGUUCUCACUUAUAGCUGUUGAAUAUAUCUUGCUUUGAUGUAUAACUUGCACAUUGAUUGUUUCCUGCCUGGAAUACUAGUCUAAUCUUUUCUGACGAUGUGACCUAAGGAUAACUCUUGCCUUAGUGCGUUCACUAGUUACACAAAACAAAUUCUACUUUCAAUAUUUGAUUUAAAUAUAGAAGUUAUCCAGUAUUAUUCUGAUGCUCUUAAUCUGGAUGGCAUAAUGACUUUUAUCAUGUACAAAAAAUAUUUACUAAGAUUAUUUUUUAUUGUUCAAUAGCAAUAUCUAAUGAUGCUCAGAUUAAGUGCACACAAUUGAGUGACAAUCAAACCUGUAAUCUUGUAUAUCUCUGCAAAUGUCUGAAUGUGAUUCCUUGUACCAUGAAGAUACAGAUCUGAAUAAUUGUACAUAGAUGUCUGUACUACACCUCACUACAUUUGUUUCUUUCUGUCUUGCAAAACAUUGGGAUGGGUGAAGAUUUAAUGUUUUAUAAACACUGAAGCUACCUCCAGGUAUACUAAGCUGUAAGAUGCCAUUUGCUACAAAUAAAAUGUUACCAUCCGCA